AUGGACUUUGAAGACAACAACAACGAAGAAGAAGAACUUAACCUUCACGAGGAAGAAGACGCCCUUUACGACUCUCCUCCUCUUCCUCCACCUUCUCGCGCCCUCAAGGCCUCCACUGAAAGUCCCGACACCGCCGGAACAACCUCAACCGGGGAAGGAGGCUUUAUGGUCGGAGGGGGAAGCAGGUUUAGGUUCCGUGAGUGUCUCAAGAACCAAGCGGUGAACAUAGGAGGACACGCGGUUGAUGGUUGUGGUGAGUUUUUGCCUGCUGGAAUCGAAGCCCUAAACUGCGCCGCUUGUGGCUGUCACCGUAACUUCCACCGCAAAGAAUCACUUUACUUCCACCACCACCACGCGCCGCCCCCGCCAAGAUUCUACCGUCUUCCAGCUCCGGUGCGAUACCGACCACCGUCACAAGCUCCUCCUCUUCAGCUGGCUCUUCCUCCACCUUCAGAAGAUCGAAUGGAGACUUCUUCAGCGGAGGCAGGAGGAGGAGGAGGGAUUAAGAAGAGGUUUAGGACUAAAUUCACGGCGGAGCAGAAGGAGAGGAUGUUAGGUUUAGCUGAGAGGAUUGGAUGGAGAUUUCAGAGACAACAUGAUGAAGUGAUUCAAAGGUUUUGCCAAGAGACUGGUGUUCCUAGACAAGUUCUUAAGGUUUGGUUACAUAACAACAAACACACUCUAGGUAAGUCGUUGUCGCCACCACUCUAUCAUCAUCAGAAUCCAACUCAUCCUCCACAAUCUUCGUCGUUUCAUCAUGAACAAGACCAGCCUUGAAAUCAUGCAUUGAUUUCUUGAUCACUCUCUCCUAGGGUUUU